AUGGGCCUCUUCGAUUCAUCCCCCUCGUCCAGCUCAACGCCAAAUACCGCUCACGGUGUGAACGAUAUCCCUGCGCCUCGAUCGGACGCUACAGUGAACGCACCGCCUGCGGAUCAGCACCGUCGUGUGGCGGACUUUGUGAAGGAAGUACCAAAUGCCAAGUAUGUCUUUGACUCCCGGAGAGGGGGUGAGAACCCCGAGGCAGAAUUAUGCAGAGUGACUCCACAGGGCGGAAAGAGCUGCAUCAAGGUGUUCAUGCAGAGCACAUCACUGUUCAAGAGUAUGCAAGCACUUGACUACUUCUGCGCAUUGCCUGCCGAACCAUCGCGGACGCAUAUGGAAUGCACGCGGAUUCCGCGGUAG